AAAUCAGCUCUGUUGGAAAGCUCUCGUACGAAAGGCUCUACACGGGACGCUUACCAAGAUUUCUAUGAGAGGCUGGAGUUCCAUAUUCGCGAUAAGAACAUCGUACCCGCGAAUAUCGCCAACCUUGACGAGCAUGGCAUGCAGGAGCUCGAAACUACGGCCGGCACAGUCAUUGGCAGUUCCCUUACAAACAGGGCUUAUACAACUAGCUCUGAUACAACUACAUGGGUUACUGUCCUUGAGUGUGGCACUGCAGAGGGGGUAAGACUAUCGCCAACCGUUGUCACGGCGGGACAGGCGCACAAUCCAAUGACAAUUGUAUUCGGGCUAAACUACAGUCUAAGCUCUAUUCCGUCAGGUACGGGCAGGCUUGAUUGUCAAGACGUAGCUCGAGGAGCUACGAACAGAUCUCGCGGCAGCGAGGUGCAGAAUAUUUAACCCACAGGGGCCCGUGGUUUCCACAUGCCGGGUUCCACCCGUGGGUCCUAGCAGGCACGGCGCAAUCGCCGUGACAGUACGCUAGCGCUGACCGGAUGCACUUUGAGU